GACUAUUUCAGCAAAAUGGCAGCCUCCAUGCUCACACGCAGAAGUUUGUUUCGUGCAGUACAAUCUGCAAGAUUAUCAUCCCCAACGUCCUUUGCGUGCAGAAAAUUACAAGAUGUUUAUCAAGGUCAUUCUGUGACACAAAGACGAAAUUUCAAUGACCUUCUUGGUGACAAAACUGUGCGGAUUGGGUGUGCUUCUGGAUUUUGGGGAGACACUGCAGUAUCAGCACCUCAGUUAGUUCACCAUGGCAAGAUUGAUUAUCUUGUAUUUGAUUACCUGUCAGAGAUUACCAUGUCCCUUCUUGCUGCUGCCAGGAGGAAAAACCCAGACAUGGGCUAUGCACCCGACUUUGUGCAGGUCAUCAUCAAGCAUCUCUUGCAUGAUAUCAAGAAGAAAGGAAUCAAGGUGAUAAGCAAUGCCGGAGGAAUCAACCCUCAUGCUUGUGCAGCGGCCAUUAAGCAAGUGGCAAAGGAUGCAGAUAUUGAUAUCAAGGUUGCUGUCGUGUCCGGAGAUAACCUCAUGGUUGAUAAAAAAGCUGUGUAUGCCACAAACCCAACAGAUCUUGAUUCUGGAAACCCUUUGCCUGAAUCACUUGUAACAAUGAAUGCUUACUUUGGAGCAACGCCAAUAGCCCGGGCCUUGGACCUAGGUGCUGAUAUAGUUGUGACUGGUCGAUGUGUAGACAGUGCUGUGGUACUAGGACCCCUCAUGCACACGUUUGGCUGGUCACCUGAGGAUUAUAACACGUUAGCUGCUGGCAGUCUAGCUGGUCAUCUGGUCGAGUGUGGGGCUCAGGCCACCGGUGGUGUCUUUACUGAUUGGCAUCUUGUACCUGAUUGGGACAACAUUGGGUUUCCAAUUGUCCAAGUUGCCCCUGAUGGAAAGUUUGUGCUCACCAAGCCCCCAAAGACCGGAGGUCUCGUCAACAAGGCAACAGUUGGUGAGCAGCUGGUCUAUGAGAUAGGAGAUCCCAGAGCCUACAUGCUUCCAGAUGUGACCUGUGACUUCAGCCAGGUCAACCUAACAGAGGUCAAAGAUGAAAAUGGAGAUGGUGUUUUAGUGACUGGUGUGAAAGGCUAUAACCCUAGUGAUAGCUACAAGGUCAGUGCAACAUACCUAGAAGGAUACAGAGCCACUGCUGUAUCUACGAUCGCAGGCCGAGAUGCCAUCGCCAAGGGAAGACGAACAGCAGAAAGCCAAAUCAAAAGGAUACGAAAAAUAUUCAAGAUGUUUGGGAUGCAGGACUUUACCAGAGUUCGUAUACAGAUGAUAGGUUCGGAGGAGACGUAUGGAGCUAAUGCCAGGGACCUUAACCCACGAGAAGCUGCACUCUGGCUAGCCGUAGAGCACCCUCAGAAAGAAGCCUUACGGAUCUUUGCCAUGGAACUUGCCCCUGCUGGAACAGGCAUGGCUCCUGGUCUGACUGGCCUCAUUGGUGGAAGACCCAAAACGUCUCCCAUCUUGAAGCUCCACUCCUUCCUUUAUCCCAAGGACAAGGUUCCAGUGAAAGUUGAUGUUGACGGCACAGAGGAAGACUUCACUGUAUUGUCCAACCCUGGGACAGAAGCUGGCAGAUCCUCUGACCCGGAGCCCGCCCCCAUUGGUGAUCUUGAGACAGGCGACCAGACAUUUGAUGUAGGUCAACUGGCGUACACUCGUAGCGGAGACAAAGCCAAUUCUGCUAAUAUCGGUGUGAUUGCCAGACAUCCAUCCUAUUUGCCUUACCUGAAGAAAGCUCUCACAGCUCAGGCUGUGCAGGAGUACUUCCAGCAUGUAUUCGAGCCAUCUGAAGAAGGAGAAGAAUUGGUCAUCAGGUAUGAUCUCCCAGGUCUGGAUGCCCUUAACUUUAUGCUCAAGAAGUCACUAGGUGGUGGUGGUGUUACUUCCCUAAGGAGUGAUCCCCAGGGCAAAGCAUAUGGGCAGAUGCUCCUAGAUUUCAAGAUUGAGAAUGUUCCUGAUCUUCUCACAAGGGCAAAGGAGUAACAAGUUAGGCAAUGACAAUUUGGAAAUUCCUUGGUGGCACUCAUACUCAGCUGUAUUCAAACAAUUGUGAUUGCAUCUGUUACCAAGGGCAAUUUGUAUACAUUUGCCCAAAUAUUCAAAGUCCUUAAUUUCUCAGUGCAGAAAAGUGAUCUACAGUCAAAGCCCAUUUUAUAAAUCAUGAAGAAAAUAUAACUGUAUUCCUAUAGUGGCCUAUAAUAUAGGCACUUAGUGCUUAAAUCAGUAUUAUAUUGUGUGAGGUUUUUUUGUUUUGGUUAUGAAGACCAGACUUCAAUGUUCUAUGUAGUUGCAAGGAACUCUGUAAGAUCAGUCUACAUUUUUAUGUUUGUAUUAUUGAUCGUUUUGUGAACAAGAAAGUAUACAUCACUCAUGCAAAAUUUCAUGCUGAGUAGACAAAGCUUGCCUUGUUUUAUCGUAUUUGUUUAGUCUGAUUUUCUUCCUUUUUCUGUUACUAUAAUUUUUAAUUUUUUUUUUAAAGUCCCGGUACUUAAAUGUUUCCUUCUGUAUGACAUGUCUCAUUUUAUUUGUACAGAAUUUUAUGUUCAAUUUAAUCAUUUAUUACUCAUUUUAGUCAAGUGUAAACCCAGAGACUUGUGUAGAUUUUUUUUGUGCUACACUUUGUAAAUGUAGAGUAAUCAAAGGGAUCUUUAAUGUGAGGGGUAACCCCAAUAGAGAUGCUCUCUAUUAGAAGUAUAACUGAUUUAUCAUGCUAGUUUCCCUUUCAUCUAUCUAAUAUUAUGUGGCGAUAAUAUACAAGUGUGUGAUAAGAUAUUUUAUUCCUUUA